AUGGCGUACGAUGAUUACUACACGUCGACGCAGCAGUACAACAGCAGCAGUGGUUCUGCCUUUUCGUUUCUCGAUUCGGACCCUCCCAUCAUCGACACCACCAGCAUCGCAUCGGGACACCAUGUCCCGCAAUCCCACCAGGACCUUUUCUCUGAACCGGUGACUUUCCAGAUGCCUGCGUUCAUGCAGGAGACCAACACCGUACCCAGCUUGGCCUCUGGUGGUGGAGCCCUUUUCUACCCAUUUGGACCCCCACCUACUACCGGUAAAGACUGGAUGCCGUAUUCUGUAUAUCAAGACGAACCCUGCAAGACGGCCGCCGCCGCCCCCGUCAUUCAUACGCAGAUCUACGACCCUGCUUCCGCUCAGCAGCAAACUGGCGUUGUUGCGUUCGACAAUCCUGGUGCUGCUCCGUUCGAGUAUGAGCCGAUCCCUGCCCCACUCCCCACCAACCCUGCGCGGGAUACCCACCUCGACUCCUUCCUCUCCAACUCUGGCGCAUUGAUGCAAACUCAGGCCAGUAACGAGGGGCAACAAUCACAACAGGGCUUUGACGAAGCUCCACUCGAACAGCCGCAACAGCCGCACCCGCAGCUAGAACUUGUCGAAGGGAGCCAAAUGGGAGAUGGGGUGGUGCACCCAACGCCUGCCGCUGCCCAGAACAGCGUUCAUCAUCAUCCCAAUAACGCUCUCCAAGCUCUACCCAAUCACGAGCACGGUAUCCCCAGCUUAGCCCCGCCGCCACCACCACCGCCUCCCCCAUUACCUCUCGCCCCUCCGUCUUCUUUAGUUUCGACGUCCUUCUCCACGGCUGCUUCGACGCUAGGCCUUCCGAUAUACUCUGCCUCAGGCUUCGACCUCCUCUCUAUCCUCGCGCGGGUCGCUACCCGGCCUUACCCUCGCGUUCAGCUAGGUCCGGUGGAUCUGACAUGCUCGUUUGUGGUGGUUGAUACCCGCCGACAAGACCACCCUAUCGUCUACUGCUCGCCGAGCUUUUUGAAGCUCACGGGCUACCCCGAGGACGAGGUCAUUGGCCGCAACUGUCGCUUCCUGCAAUCGCCGACGGGGAAGAUGGAGCAGGGCGAACCACGGCCCGACCCAGCCACGCAAACCGCCGCCGCGCAGAUGAAAAAGUGUCUGAAUGCGGACAAGGAGUGCCAGUUGGUGUUGACCAACUACCGUAAGGAUGGGACGCCGUUUACGAAUCUCGUAACGGUCAUUCCGAUUCCUGGUGGUUUGACUGGUGCAGCGCACGAGGAGAAUGAGGUGGUUUUCCAUGUUGGAUUCCAGGUUGAUAUGACGCAGCAGCCAAAUGUCAUCCUGGAAAAGUUGAGGAAUGGGAGCUAUUUGAUUGAUUAUUCGUCGCAGUCGUUUUUGCAGCCGCCUGUGCCUAGGGGGCAUACGGGGGCGGUGGCGACGAGGGAGAGGAGGUCGACGAAUAUCCCCAAGAUCGUCAUUUCGAAGGAGUUGAAGAAGUUGCUUAAUGAUCCUACGUUUGUGCGCUCGAUACCGAUUACGACGACGACGAAUCAUCCGCCGCCGACUUCGUCUGCUUUGGACAUGCAGGAUGUGUAUGGGGGGAACCAUCCGCUUCACAUGAUGCUCCUCGAGAUGGGCCCGGAUUUUAUUCACGUUGUCUCUCUCAAGGGUUCGUUCCUCUACGUUGCGCCGAGUGUGCGGAGGGUGCUGGGAUACGAGCCUGAUGAUCUAGUGGGGAAGAGUAUCUCGGAUCUCGCUCAUCCGGAGGACGUGGUCCCUCUGAUGCGUGAGCUCAAGGAGAGCAGCUCCACCGGCCUCACGACUGCCACCACCACGACGACCGAAGGAGCGAUGGGACUCUCCGGCACGCACGCAGCCCCAACGAUCGGCCAACCACGCACCGUCGACCUGCUCUUCCGCGCACGUACCAAGAACGGGUGUUAUGUUUGGGUGGAGUCUCGCGGUCGGCUGCACGUCGAGCCGGGUAAAGGACGUAAAGCGAUCAUCCUUUCUGGACGGGCGAGGGAGAUUCCGAAGAUGAGUUGGGGGUUGGUGAUCAAGACGGGUGGGUUGGCGAAGAUGGUCAAGGCUCAGAGGAGGGUUGUGGGGAGUGGGGGUGUGGAGCAGGUCGAGGAGGUUGAUCAGUUCCAGGAGUGGUGGGGUACGAUGAGCCCGCAGAUGGUGAUGCUGAUGAUUGGGAAGGGGUUCCCCGACGUGAUGGGGUAUUCGCAGUCGGAAUUCCAUGGACGCAAUUUCAAGCUUUUGCUUGAUUCGAGCUCGUCUUCGUCUGUUUCGCUCUCUGACGUCGUCCAGCAACUCGGUACAUUGUCCAAGUCGAAGGAGGAUUGUGUGGAGAAGGUGGAGAGUGUCAAGUGUCGGGUGAGACAUAGGGAUGGGCAUUUGUUGGAUGUGGUUGUGAAUGUGUAUAGGCCGGAGAGGGAUGUGAGGGUCCUCGAGGCGACGCGGAAUCUGGGUGGUGUUUUGCCCGCUCAUCUCAUCUACCAGGUUCGGAAAAUAGGCGCGGAGACUUACCCUCUUACCGACACUUCGUCGUCUUCCGCGCUGUCCUCGCCCUCCUCGACUUCAUCAUUGACAUCGAGCUCGUCCCAUCCGUCACUUUCCAAACGGUUCACGAUCGACCCCGGGGCGAAUAUGUUUGAAGAGUUGGAAGUGAGCCGAGGGUCGAGUUGGCAGUACGAGUUACAACAACUCAAGUUUGCGAAUCAGCGGUUGAGGGAUGAUAUUAAGAUGUUGGAGGCUGCGGUUCGGGCUCACAAGGGGCGGAAGAACUUGGGCAAGGCUAUGUCUUCAUCGUCGUCGUCGACUUCGGGGUCGUCGAGUGUUUCCCCGCCGGCUUCGGCCCCGCCUACACAGCAGCAUUUCGCGCAGCAGCAGAUGUAUGGAGGAGGAGGGGGAGGAGGGAUGUAUAGUCAUCAGCCAUUUGUGUCGGGUGCGGUGCCGUAUUUCGUGCAGUCCGCGGGUUCGGGUGUGGGUUUGGGAGGUGCUGCACUGCCUUCUCGAACGUCGUCGUUGGGUCGGAGACAGAGUAUAUCUGGUCCCCCUUCACAUCUAGGGUUGCAGCCCCUCCAUCCUUCGUAUAUGCAGCCUCUUCGUCGGCCUGGGGCGGGUAUGAUGGCAACCCCACCGCCUAACUCCUCGACACCUUCGGCGAACGCGAAUGGGAAUGGGAAGGGAAGGAGCUUACCCCCGGUACCUUUGGCGAUGGAUUGGACUAGUGGGAGUGGUGGGUGGGUGCAGAGGAUUCAGCAGGAGGCGAGGUAUCAGGCGGCUCAGCAGGUGCAGCAGGCGCAGGAGUAUUCGGGUUCUCAACAUGGACAGCAUUCGACGACGAGGCAGUUGCAACAUGGGCAUGGGCACGGAAAUGGAGGCGGAAGCGGAAGCGGUCAGGGGCAUGGACUUGGACAUGGACAUUACCAGCAGCAACAGCAGCAGCAUCAUUCUCAGAUGAUGCACCAACAACAGCACCAGCACCAGCAGAGGGUCGGGGUUGGGAUGAAGAGGCCGUGGGGUGCGGUUGAUCGGUAG